AGAGGAUUCCAAACAAGCUAAAGAAACAAAGCUCCCAGAAAAGGUAUAAAAAGACUGAGUUCCCUUUUCCACGACAUCCUGCUACCUGCUACUGCAACUGCAACCUCAUCUGAUCAUCACAACAAGAUGGCAUCAGGUCUUCAUUUCAUUGUGCUCCUCUGUUUGACCAGUGGACUGUGGAUUGGAGCAGAUGCAGAAUGUGGACAUCAAACAGAUGACUGUGAUGACGCGUGUCCUUCUGGCUGGACUGAAUUUUGCAGUCGCUGCUACAAGUUCCAGGCUGCUGAAAAGGACUGGGCUGAUGCUGAGAAAACCUGCACUUUCCUUGGUGGAAAUCUGGCCUCAAUCCCAAAUGAAAAGGUGUACAAGUUCCUCAGAGAGCUGGUCUUUGAAGCAGUGAACUCACAUAAGAGGACCUGGGUUGGAGGCUACGAUGCAGUGAAGGAGGGUGUGUGGCUGUGGAGUGAUGGGAACCGUUUUGACUUCAACCUGUGGCACCAAGGGGAGCCCAACAACCUAGGUGGAGAGCAUUGCAUGGAAAUAAACCUCGGAGGAAAUGACUUUAUCAAUGACAGGAGCUGUGGGGGCAGCCAAUCUUUCAUUUGUGUCAAAGACCCGUAACAAUCCACUCCAUGUGCUGACACAUCUGACACGAGGAUGCCACACCCCCAUUGAUGAUGUCACUCACACAGGAUGUCAAGCCUCGAUGACAUCACAUCUGGAAGAAAUAUUAAUCAUUUAUAUUAAUCAAUCUGAUUUAUAUUAACCAAUCUGAUUUAUAUUAAUCAAUCUGAUUUAUAUUAACCAAUCUGAUUUAUAUUAAUCAAUCUGAUUUAUAUUAAUCAAUCUGAUUUCAUGUAACUUAAAUCAAUAAACAUGCAUGCAUAAGCAA